GGAGUGUGGUGUUGGUGACACUGAUUUGUCAGUCAACGUCGGGCUGCUGGCGUCUGGGAAUGGCUGCGUUUCACAUUAUGAUUGUAGUUCGCGUGUGGAGCGGACGUGCAGAGCGCGUGUCUGGAUUUUAGAACUUCGUGGUUGCGUGCUAGGCGUCUCGAUAGUUUGUAAACAUUCCAUUGGUCGCCAAGGCACGUUUAAAAUAAGCAUCGCGUUCAGGUUACCAUGUACUCGCGUAACCGGCACAACCUUAUGGCAAAAUUAUUUAUUGUAUUGAGCGUAGUGUAACUGUCAGCUAAAACAUUGGUUGGUGUCGAUUGUUGUUUCGAAAAUAUUUGUCAUUCUUGCAAAUUCAGUUAUUUGGCAUAAUUUAUGUUGUCAUGAAUUUUUGUGACUUCUAGAAGUUUAGUUAGUGUAUUGGUAUUUGACAGAACACAUUUUUAAAGUGACAGGGAGCGAAAUUGUAUCUUAAUAGUAAAUUAUUGCGCAGAUUAUUGUGUUCAAUGGCAUCUGUUGUGGAGAUUGAUGGCAGUGUCCUGGAAGGUGGUGGCCAGAUUCUGCGAGUUUCUGCUGCCCUAAGUGUUUUAAUGAAGACACCUAUACGUAUUACGAAGAUCAGAGCUGGCAGGCCAAAACCUGGCUUGCGCCCUCAGCAUCUUAAAGGGCUAGAAGUAGUGCAGACUCUGUGUAAUGGUCAGUUAAAAGGUGGUGUACCUGAUUCUACCGAAGUUACUUUCUUGCCUGGAGUACCUAGGGGAGGAAAUUAUGAAGCAGAUACUCAAACCGCUGGGAGCAUUACUCUCCUUAUACAAGUCUCUCUUCCAUGUGCUCUUUUUGCUAACACUACUACAAUAAUGAAAUUUCGAGGAGGAACUAAUACUGAUAUGGCUCCUCAAUUGGAUUAUAUGACAGAGGUCUUCCGACCUACCUUAGAAAGAUUUGGAGCAUCAUUUGAUUACAAACUCUUAAAAAGGGGCUAUUAUCCGCGUGGUGGAGGAGUGGUUCAUAUUAGAGUUCAACCUGUGCAUCGUCUGGAACCUGUCACACUGUUGGAGAGGGGAACUAUACAAAGGGUGUGGGGAUGGGCAUUUGUUGCUGGCAACAUUCCUAUAAAGGUUGCUAAUACAAUGGCGGAUGCUGCUACUCGUGAACUUCAGUCUGCCUUCGGUAUCAUUGAGGUCAAUAUUGAGGCAUACAAGGAAAACCCAGAAAAUGCUGUGGGUACAUGCUCUGGUAUAAAUAUUGUUGCUCAAACUUCCACUGGUAUUCUCUUGGGAGCAUCAGCAUUGGGCAAACGUGAGCUUCAACCUGCACAAACAGGUUUGCAAGUAGCCAAUCAGCUGAUAGAGACAGCUAACUCUGGAGCUUGUGUGGAUGAUCAUUGUCAGGAUCAGAUUAUUCUGUUUAUGGCAUUGGCAAAAGGUAUCUCAGAAGUUAAAGCUAAAUUCAGUAUUGUUAAUGCAGGCCCAAAUUCUAAUAUAAUUCACUGUGUUGGGAUUGGCUUGCAGAACCACAAUAUCCCGUAAAUGUAAUGUGAUUCUGUUUUGAUGUUAUUUGAUGUAUAUAUUCCUGAAUGUGAAAGCAAAAGAAUGAAUGCUUUUUUUGUAAAUUAUAUUCUCAGUAAGUGGUAAGACAUUGAAAGACCAUUGAGUGUUGUGUAUUUUCUUUCCCUGAUAUGCAAAACAUAAUGCUGAAAAUUAAAUUAAUGACAUUGCUAUUUUUGACAUUGCUAUUUGAAUUUGAGGGACAGUUGUUAGAGUAAUAGAUUAUGUACAGUCAGAAUUAGAAAAAUUAGGAACCCUUAACAGAUGCUUCAUGAAAUUCUUGAAGCUUUUAAUAUCAACAUCAUGGAAGAGAGUUACAAUUAUUAUUAUUAUUAUUAUUUUUUAGCAACCAUUAUUCUGAAAGUGAAUAGGGAUUUUACUUAACUGUCCCAGUGAAGAUUAGAUAAUAUAACAUUUGCUGGAGUAAGAUUGUGAGAAAUUGAGACUAAAUAAGAAUCAAAAUGGCAUUUGCAAAAUGAUUGAAUUGUACAAUGUAAGCUGAUAAGAAAAGGAGUGAUAAAUAUAUAUUACUGUUGUAAGUUUGUGUAAAAAUUUGAAAAACUGUUUUGUGUAUGAUUUUAAAUGACUAAAUAAAUCAUACGUUAUUCCUUGUAAGUCAGUGAAGUGUCCUUUACUGUGGCUUUCAAAUUGUGGAAAUGUUUCUGAGUUUAUUCUUUUUAUUUUUCUUUAACCUAUUUGCAGUUUAUGUAAUACAGAUUACUUACAAAUGCCAGUUGAAGUAUGAAAAAUAAGUACAAGUAACAUUAAGUAUGUAAGUAGGUAGGGUAAGUAUUUAAUUAUAAAAUACUUAUCAUUACUUAAAAAAUAAAUUAUAAAAUAAUUAUUUUUAAGUAGCAUUUACACAAAAGUUAUUCUGACAAAGUGUGAUGCUGUUGUUGUUUGUGUGUGUGCUGUUGUUGUGUUUUUUGUUUUUGUUUUUAACUUUUGUAUCAAAUUUAAAUGUGUAAAUGAAUGGGUGCACUGUUUGCUGAAAUGAAAAUAAUGGCAUUGUUGCUUCAUUCAUAGCUGUCACAGAAUUUUAUGGUGUCUUUGUGAAUAUCAACAUUGAAAUAAUUUACAAUUUCUUGAGAUAUCUACAAUUUUUCUCAUUACGUAGUUUAAUUCAGCAAACUGAUACACGCUUGAUUUGCCCAACUCCUUUAAAGAUGUAGGGGAAAAUAGGAAAUUUCUAAUGUGUGAUUUCUGAAUUAUUUGUUUACAAAAGCAUGUAUAAAACUGGCAUCAAGCAGUAUAAUGUUAUAAUACAUUAAAAUCCAUUUUGAAGCAUUCAGUUGAUAAUGUAUUGUUUGGAGACUGUUAACAUGUAUCAGUGUUAUUGGUUUUAUUUUUUCCUUACAUUAUUUCAACUUCUAACUUGUAUUUGGUGUAGUACAUCAGUAAAAAAUACUCUUGUGCAAAAAAGUGGUAUCAACCAGCUAAAUACAUUGUGUGCUUGUUCUACAUUAGAUAGGUUUCACACAUUUAAGUUUUUCAUGCAUGUUGAUGUAUGAGAGGUAAAGACAUUCAAUUGAUUUCCAGCAAGCUUUGGAGUAUUGGUGGAAACUAUUGGCUGGAAGCUUUCAUGAAAAGAAACCAUUACAUUUGAAUACAAAAACCUGAGCCUUUGAGUACGAAUAGGCUAACAGGUUUCAACAGACGAGCUUUGCAUCUUUUUGUUAAUAUGGAUAAAGUCAAGAAGACACAUGGAUUUCCUCCAUUAUAUAUUUAUGUGAUGAGAGGUAUUAAAACUGUCUAAGAAACUAGUUGCUCAGAAAAGAUGAGAGAAUUGAGUUUGUGACAUCAGAGGAGAGGAAAACAACAGUUAUUUGUUUCAAGAAUGUGGCUGGAAGUUACAUUUCUGUUGUUUGUUGAUGCUCAGUUAAGACUGAUUCCUACUCUCGAGACCACUAAACCUCCUGGAGCACUUUCUAACUGCGCAGUAAAUUGCUAAAACAAUGAAGAACCUUUUGUUCUUUGCCUACAUUUCAGGAAAUGUGCAAAACCAAGUAAGGAAGCGCCAGUUCUGAGGUUAUUGUAAUGUGUCUUGUUAAUGAAUCAUCCUAUUUUGGUUGGACCAUUAUAUGUAUACCAAGUUUAAAUAUCAAAAAUAUACAAAAGGUAGAUGCUCUUUUAAA